UAAUAAAAUUAAUUAAGCUUCAAAAACGCCAUUGUUGAAAGCUUCGUCGUCUUCGUCUUCAUCUUCGUCUUCGUCUUCUCCCAUGCUAAGCUUCUCGCUCUCGUUCUCCUCCGAUGCUCUCUCACUUUCUCUCUAAUACCGAUUCUACCCCUGCCGUUACUACCGGCACCACCUCCUCCGACGACAUCGCUAACGACGUCGUAUCUUCCUCUACAUCUUCUUCUUCGUCUUCGGGAACGAUUUCUAAGCUUUCAGAGAUGUGGAGUUACUUAUGGAUUCCGUUCUUGAUUUCCUUAUCCAAAGACAUCGUUCCAACCACCACAAAGGCCGCCGCUCACUCUUCUUCGUCCAUUCUCUUGCCUAGUCAGACUGAUCGUAGCUGUUCUUCGCCUGAUCAGAAACUUUAUUAUCGACCGGUCAUCGGAAUACUCAGUCAUCCCGGCGAUGGUGCCUCUGGUAGACUUAGUAACGCUACUAACGCUUCUUACAUCGCUGCUUCGUAUGUGAAGUUCGUUGAAUCAGCUGGUGCUCGUGUUAUUCCUCUUAUCUAUAACGAACCUAUCGAAGUUCUUUACCAGAAGCUUAAUCUUGUUAAUGGAGUGCUUUUCACUGGUGGUUGGGCGAAAAGUGGGUUGUACUUUGAUGUUGCUCAAAAAAUAUUUCAGAAAGUUUUGGAGAAGAAUGAUGCCGGGGACCAUUUCCCAUUAUACGCCAUCUGCUUAGGUUUUGAGAUUCUAACAAUGUCCAUUAGCAGGGACAUGAAAAUCCUUGAACCCUUCAGUGCUUCAGAUGCAGCGACUCCACUAAACUUCCUCCCGAAUGUGAAUAUCGAAGGAACUGUUUUUAAUAGAUUUCCUUCAGAUUUGCUUGCUAAGUUACAAACAGAUUGUCUAGUCAUGCAAAACCAUCGUUAUGGUAUAUCCCCAGAAAGAUUUCAGAAGAACCGCGAACUAACCAGCUUCUUUAGGAUCUUAACAACUUGUACCGAUGAAGAGGAUAAGGUAUAUGUGUCUACAGUACAGGGACACCAUUAUCCUGUUACUGGAUUUCAAUGGCAUCCAGAGAAAAAUGCUUUCGAAUGGGGCUUGACUAGAAUUCCACACUCAGAGGAUGCCAUUCAGGUGACACAGCACGCGGCAAACUAUUUGGUCAGCGAGGCGAGGAAGUCCCUAAACAGACCACCUACUCAAAAAGUUCUUGACAAUCUCAUCUACAAUUACAGCCCUACAUUUUGUGGGAAAGCCGGGAAGGGAUAUGAUGAAGUUUACAUCUUCACACGAUCUAAUAUGUGAAUCUUUGUAUAAUAAUUAUUAUAAAAUUGUAUGUUAUAUUGUGAAUUACUGUAUAAUGGCAGAUAUGUUAAUUGUUAAGGACAUUAUUAACUCUCUUUUAAAGUUUUAACAUUUAUUUAAACAUUUUAAGACAUUUUUCUUAA